CCGGUCAGCGAUGGGCGCGCUUCUCUCGAUUCCAGUGCUAUCGUAUCUGCUGAUACCGUCCAUGUCUUCGUACGGAACGAGCCUGAAUCUGAUCUUCUUCUACCUCACCUGGACGACACUCGUCCUCUCCCACGGCCCGUUGAAAGUCGAGCUCGUCGGUACCACGGCCGUCCGAUUGAUAUUUUACUUCAUACCGUCCGUCCUGUUCUUCUUAUUCGAUAUCCUAAUUCCCUCUGCCUCGGUGGUGUUGAAAGUAUACGGCAAAGAUGGCCUGCCACAAGGGAAGAAGAAGAACUAUGGCAGUUCGGAGCUUAAGGUGGCUCUCUGGGCUAUAUUUAAUUUGAUUCUGGGCAUAGCAGCACAGGGAAUUAUUGAAUUUGUUUUGACGAGAGUACUGGGGGUGAAGAGUCGGUUGAAGGUGACGACGAAGCUGCCUCUGCCGUGGGAUAUUAUCAAGGGAGUGGGGAGGGCGUUGAUAAUUCGAGAGAUACUGCAAUAUCUUGUUCAUCGCUAUGCUCUGCACUCAUGGACACCUUUCCAGCAAUAUCAUAACGACUGGUACCAUUCGAUACACACUCCGUACCCGCUAACCGCUCACUACGACCACCCGGUCGCAUACUUACUCUGGCACUUCCUUCCUACAUUCCUGCCAGCAGCAGCAUUCAGAUGCCACCUGCUGACAUACAUGCUCUAUCUCAGCAUGGUGUCAUUAGAGGAAACAUUCGCGCAUUCGGGGUAUAAGCCGAUGCCAACGAGUUUCUUUAUUGGCGGUAUAGCCAGACGAGUGGACCUGCAUCUCUUGCAUGGGGGGCAUGGCAACUAUGCGCCUUUGGGAAUGAUGGAUUGGUUAUUUGGAACAUCUAUAGGGGACGAGCUGGAAGAUGAUAUUCCCGAGCAGUCUAACGGCGAAAGCAUCGCUGAGAAGCUUGUUGAAAAGAAGCCAAGGCGAAGCCACCGCCGAAAGACCAGAGAAAAUGUACACUAA